AUACGGUUGUGAUUAUAAAUAGAUAAAUCAUUUGAAUGACAAAUCAACUAUAUUUGUUCUUCUAUGUUUUAUUUAAACAGCUUUGAAGUGUCUCCUUAUGGUGGUUGAUAUAUAGAGAGUUUCUCUGUCCCAGUUUUACACCAAAUAGAGUUUCAGUUUAGCCGGAAGGAGAAAAGCAUGUCUGCUGCAAUUUGGAAACAUCCAUGUCAUGUUGAGGCUAGACCUGACUCGAACAUGUGUCACUUGAGAGUUAUUCACGAAGUCUAUCUUUUAAUAUUAUGAUGUUGUUAAAUAAGUUUUUAAACUUAAUAAUAAUCUGGCACUCAAACUAUACUUUCACAGCCACACUUCUAAUAAGUAUUUUCAUUCUUCAAAUUAGACCUCAAUCACAUGCUGAUGUAACUUAUUAGAUCAUAAAAAUAAAGAAGUUUGUUGAAACUAGAAGUUAGUUUCGGUUAGCAGUCAGUUAGUUGGUUUCUUUAGGGGAUAAUUUAACCUCUCUCAUAAAUGUUGUGGAAUACAUGUUGGCUUAGUUGGUAAGGACAAAUUACUUUUCCUCGGUUGUGUGUUUUAUUCCUGAUGUCGAUGUGAAAGUUGUGUUGAUGGACGAUAUGUAAUUACCUUUGUAAGCGACCUAUGGUUUCAGAGAAAUGCUCUAAUUCAUGGUAGUGACCGGAACUGAAUCCACCGAAACUUUUUUAGAAAAAAAAACCUUGUGGGAAUGGGGUUUAACCAAACCAAAAAGAGAAGGUGGAAGUGCAAUGUGAGUUUUGUGGUGGGAAGUGAUAGGUAUUGGUGUUCCAUUGAGAGUCUGUCGUAUGGUACCAAAUUCCUCAGUUCCCACACAUGACACGCCCACCAUGUUGUUACAUUUUCAGAUUUUCUAGUUCACUCAAUCAUUCAUCAUCACCAUAUAUUCAUAUCUACAACAACAACACCACAUUCUUAGCUUCACACCCUCUUCGCCAGAGAUGGACAACUGCAAUUGGAUGUUGGAUUAUGGUGGUUAUUUAGAGCUUGACCCUCCCAAUUUCUCAUGGCCCUCUUCUUCUCCUCCCACUCUCAGUGUGGAACUAGAUGACACCUAUGGAAAUUCAGAUGCUUUCAAGGAAAGUGGCUCGAGAAAACGCUCAAGGUCAGGAUCCUGCAACCUAUCUGGUUCCAAAGCAUGCAGAGAGAAAAUGCGAAGGGAUCAGCUAAAUGACAGAUUUUUAGAACUAAGUUCUAUCCUAGACCCUGGAAGGCCUUCCAAAAUGGACAAGAUGGGUAUAUUGAGUGAUGCCGUUCGAGUAGUGAGUCAGUUACGAGAGGAUGCUCAGAAGCUAAGAGAGUCCACAGAGAAUCUACAGGGGAAAAUCAAUGAAUUGAAGGCCGAGAAAAAUGAGCUUCGUGAUGAGAAGCAGCAAUUAAGAGCAGAGAAAGAUAUCAUUGAGCAGAAGCUUAAAGCCAUAAGUUCACAACCUAGCUUCCUACCCCACCACUCCACCCUCCCAACUGCAUUUCCUGCCCCUCGACACGUUGUUGGUAGCAAGCUGAUGCCUAUUAUAGGCUAUCCAGGAGUUUCAAUGUGGCAAUUUUUACCAUCUGCUGCUGUUGAUACCUCUCAGGAUCAUGUACUCCGGCCCCCAGUUGCAUAAGUUGGCAAAGGUUCUGUAUUUUUGUAUAAUGGAGAAAUUUUCUUUUAUUUUUGUGCUAUAGCUUUUAAAUUUACCAGAUGUAUUAAAAAACCUUGAGUUUAAAGCACUCCUAUUGACUGCUGGAGCAAUUUUUCGGUAACUACUCAGCUUUUGGCUAUAUGUUCAGCCAAAUUGAAUCUUUUACUUUUGUACUAUUGCUUUUACAUUUGCCAAGUGUAAAAGAAACCUUGAUAUGAAAACAACUAUUGACUGUAGGACAACUUUUUGAUAACCUCUCUAAUUUGCUCUAGAAUUUACCCAUUUAGUUUGGU